GAAGAAGGUGCCCGCGCAUGCGCAGUCUCUGUAAGGCCCACUGCUGGUGAAGAUGGCUGCGCCCAUAGAUCUGGAGCUGAAGAAGGCCUUCUCGGAGCUGCAGGUGAAGAUGAUCGACACGCAGCAGAAGGUGAAGCUGGCCGACCUGCAGAUCGAUCAGCUGACACGCGUCCAGAAACAUGCUAAGCUAACUCACGCGGAGAUCACCACGCUGCCUGACAACACGCGACUGUACGAAGGAGUCGGACGCAUGUUCAUUCUUCAGUCAAAGGAAGAGAUCAAUAAUCAGCUGAUGGACAAACAGAAGACAGCUGACGAGAAGAUCAAAGAGCUGGAGCAGAAGAAGGUGUACCUUGAACGCAGCGUGAAAGAAGCCGAAGACAACAUCAGAGAGAUGCUGCUGUCCCGGAGAGCUCAGUGAUCAAUACUCAUCAAUAAUCAGUAAAAUCAUGUUGCUGAUGCUGUUUCUCGUGUUUGCUAAUUGUUCAUAUUAAAAUGUGUUGAAGCUUCA